UCUAUAUGCUUAGUUAUUUAUUAUAGUUAUAAUAUUAAUCAUUAUUAUUUACUGUUACAAGAUAGAGAGGGGCACAUUACUUUUUGAGACAAAAGGGGCUUGAGCCCAAACACCCCAACCACCUCUUCCUUUUGGCCAUUUAAGGCUUGAAUGACACAUGGGUAAGUAAAUAAAAAAUAAAAAUGUUGAGGGGUGAACUAUACCUUUAACAAAUAUGCAAAUGACAGUCUGACUUCAAUGUAUGUCAGGGUGGUUCUUGCUGUGCAAAAAUAUGCAUAACCAUAACCAAAUCUGCCAAUGCAAACAAUAUCUGCGACAAAAUUUGAAUUUUUGUUGUUUAACAUGGUAUAUCAUCAACAGCUUCCUAAAGGGUAGGGAAUUGAUUUAUUUAAUAAAAUUAUUGGCAUUACAGGGAGAUUUUUGUCAUUGUCCAGUUUUAACAACUUCAUCUAUAAAGCCAAAAGAACAACUCAUGUUUUUUUUUAACAAUAAUAACAUUAGGAGUGAUAUCCAAACUUGUAAGUAAACAAAGUGGUUUAAGCAAAUUUAACAAUAGUAUAAGAAACACCACACAUCCCUGUUUCAUGAGCAAAAGUCCUACAGUCAAAAAUGGUUAUGAGGCACAUUUACUUAUUUCUUGUGAGCUCUACUCAUUGUGUCUUUUUUUGCUCAUCCUCAGAGUUUAGCUUGGAUGGAGAUUAUUUAUUGGGUGGCCUUUUUCCAGUACAUGAAGUUAAACAUGCAAAAUCUCUGUUCUCCCCAGAGUCCAUCAACUGUUUUAGGCACACCUUCACAAAAUCUGGCUAUGAGAUGUUUCAAGUAAUGCGGUUUGCUGUUGAGGAGAUCAAUAAUUCAACCACGCUGUUGCCCAAUGUUUCUCUGGGCUAUGAAAUUUUUGACCAUUGUUCUGACACUAAAAACUUCCCAUCAGUCUUUAGUUUUAUUUCACAGAAUGGAUCAAUUAACCCUCAAGAAAAACUCUUCAGCCAUCAACCUAGAGUGAUUGCUUUAACAGGACCAUAUGGAAGCACAAGAACUAUUUCUGUUGCACCAUUGAUCACAAUGGACCUCAUUCCAAUGGUUAAUUUUGGAGCUUCCAGCAAUACAUUAAGUGACAAACUUCAGUAUCCUUCUUUCAUCAGAACAAUUCCUAGCGAAAAAAAUCUGAUACAGAUGAUUAUUCACAUUAUUCAGUGGUUUGGAUGGAACUGGGUUGCUUUUCUUGAAGGCCCAGACAAUAACAGUGAAGAUGCCGUACAACUGUUUAAUAAGUAUAUCCGAAAUACUGGUAUUUGUUUGGCCUAUCAAGAGACUCUCAGCCAAAAUGUAAACUACAGUUUAACUCUUAAAAAAAUUGAUGAGCUUAACAUCAAUGUCAUCGUGGUUUUCGCUGUGCCACAAUAUGCAAAGAACAUAAUCAAAGCAGCCAUAACAAGCAACAUCCGAGGCAAAGUUUGGAUUGCAAGUGAAACGUGGUCUACGAAUCAACAGCUUCUGAGAGAGCCGGGAAUCAAGAAUAUUGGUACUGUAAUUGGCAUUACGGAGAGAUUGGUGUCAUUGCCUGGAUUUAAUGAAUUCAAAGAAACACUUAGGAUUUCUACUAAUGAUAAUGAGGAGACUAAAAUAUGUAAUCAAGAAUGUGACAACUGUACAUUACUGACCGCAGAAGAGAUUAUAAAUGAAGAAUCCACAUUGUCCUUUCCCAUCUACGCUGCUAUAUAUACCAUAGCUCAUGCAUUACACAAAGUUUUGCAUUGUAACAUAAAUGAAUGCAUAAAAAAUACAACAGUUAAGCCAUACAUGCUUUUGGGAGAAAUUAAGAAGUUGCAUUUUCCACUCAAUGGACGUCAGGUGAAAUAUGAUGCUAAUGGUGAUCCAGCCGUCAGCUAUGCAGUUGUGAUUUGGCACACUGAAAAAAAUCCUCCAUGGAUCGAGAUGGUGGGCACUUAUGAUACAUAUCCAGAAAUUAAUUUUACCAUCAACAACUCUCUCUUGCCCUGGCAAAACAAUGUUUCGGUUCCUUUCUCAAAUUGCUCUGUCGAGUGUAAUGAGGGAUUUUCAAGAGAACAUGUGGAAUAUCAUGAUUGCUGUUUUCUGUGUAAAAAAUGCCCGCAAAACACCUAUUUGAAUUAUUCUCGUGACCCUUAUACCUGUUUUCCAUGUGCAGAGAGUGAAUGGUCUGAUGAGGGUAGCACGACAUGUCGGACACGUUCUGUCGUCUAUCUUCAGAUCACAGAAAUCUCCUCUAUUGCAGUAAUAAUUUUUACUGUAUGUCUGGUUAUUGUUCUCAUCAUCACAUUUAUCAUUUUUGCACACAAUUACAGCACACCAGUGGUGAGGUCUGCUGGUGGCAGCGUGUGUUUCCUCAUGUUAGCGUGUUUGAUUUUAUCUUGCCUGGGUAUUUUCUUUUUCUUUGGAGAACCCACAUCUCUUAAGUGUCGCAUGAGAAGUUUAAUGCAUACAUAUUUCUUUAGUGUCUGUGUCUCCUGUUUGGCUGUUCGUUCUUUUCAGAUAGUUUGUGUCUUUAAAAUGGCGGAGUUUCCUAAUGUGUACAGGUUGUGGGUAAAGUACAAUGGCCAGUGGAUCUUUCUUUCUGCUUAUUCUGUCUUGUUUUCAAUUGUUUGUGUUUUGUUGAUGACUAUCUCUCCUACCGAAGCCUUCAGAGAUUCAUCAUCUUUUAAUGAUCAGAUUUUGCUCACCUGUAAAAUGGGAAGCAGUAUAACCAAUAGCAUCAUUAUGUUCAUGAGUAGUUUUCUUGGUUUCAUGUGCAUUCUUUUUGCUUACACAGGAAGAGAUCUGCCGGGAAAUUACAAUGAGGCAAAAUCAAUAACUUUUAGUGUAAUUUUGUCCUUUGUGAUGUUUAUUGUAUAUUACACAUCUUACCUUGCUAUCAAAAGCAAAUAUGUCAUGCUUUUACAAGCAGUGGCCCAGGUAUGGAGUAUUUAUGCAGUUUUCUUUAGCCAUUUCGUACCUAAAGCGUACAUCAUGAUAUUUACACCAAAAAAGAACACUGCUGCAUACUUUCAAACAUCUAUUCAGAAUUACACCCAAACCAUCAGCAGGAGUUAAAACGCUGGACAUUUUAGGAAACAUUUGUUAACACGAAACAAAAUGAGAAACAGGUCAAACUAAUGAGUAAUCAUAACAGUACCUAUAUUUCACAGUAAUGUAAAAACAAUUUUAUCAAUGUAAUUGUAAUUUUAAAUUGCGAGGGGAUGAACUUAAAAACAUAUCAGAAGAAAAUUGGU